UCGUCGAUUCUAUUCUGUGAAAAGAACAACGUCCAAAGGCACGCCUCCAACCUCAAAGCAAGCAAAAGCAACCACAGAAGAGCUGCUGAUCACACUUCAAGGCGCAGCCAUUGCUACCGUUGGUCAUCCAUUGGAAAGAUCUAUUUGACCAGGUCUUCUCAGAGCUACCCCACAAAUCCAUCCACUAGUCAUUCUAUAUACCCCAAGACAACUAUAUAUAUUUCCCUCAUUAUGGCAAGACCAUUGACCAGAAACGGUUCGCACAGAAAUGGCAACUUCUUGGGAAGGUUGCAGAGUGAAUAUUCGCUGCAUCCUGUUGCGGUGAUGGUAGCCUUGGGUCUGUUGGGAUUAUCGGGGGUCUUUCAUCUCUAUAAUUCCAGUCACAACAGCUAUCAACCGGAACAUCGACAGUCCUUACUCAAUCUACACAAGUCUGAUACCAAGCAAAAAUUACGAGACCCCGGCGACAUGAUUCCCGUUGAUUGCCCUGGCUAUUUGAAGCAACACCUUGCCGGAAAACUGGACGAUCCUAACAAGGGUGUCGUCCAUGCUGCUCAAGUCCCACGGGGCAAUGACCAUCAUCCCAAUUUCUUUAUUUCAUUGCACAGCCAAGAAUUCGAUCACACAAGAUGGGUCAUUAUGGACAAGCGAGAUUACUACGAAAAAGCCGUCACGGCGGCCUUCAUCGAAGUCCUCAAUGAUCCCAAAGCUACACGUCCCCAACGAGUGAUUGAUGUUGGUGGGAAUAUUGGUUUCUUUACGCACCUGUCAGCCGCCAAUGGUCCCGUCAUUGUCGAUGCCUUUGAACCCAACGACAAGAAUCGUCUCCGCUUUUGCGAAUCCCUCCAACUCAAUCAAUGGACAUCGGAAUUUGAAGAAAACACCCCAGCAGCGUUUGCCCAAGAAUCGCACGUGAAUUUGUACGAUUACGGCGUCGGCAAAGACCCAGGGUAUUUUAAUUUCAAAGCCCAUCCCAACAAUCCUGGACAAGGACGAUUUGUCCGACGCAGUGCCAAUGCCGACGACAAGGGGACCCGUGUCAUUAAUUUGGAUCAAUUGGCACGAACACGGGGAUGGUUUGAAUCACGUCCGGAUAUUGCCAUCUUAAAGGUGGACGUGGAAGGAUUGGAUCCCUUUGUCAUUGAAGGAGCCAGUGUCCUAUUGCAGGCCAAACUCGUUCGGCAUGUUUUCAUGGAAAUUUCAGUGGCACCCACGGGAAAAGACAUGAAAGAUGCCAUUGGCAUCAACAAGGUGGCACUGAAACUCUUGUUUCGAAGUGGAUACGAACUCUACAAGGUGGGAGGAUGGAUUGGACCCGACAAACUCGUUGAUUUUAGUAAGGAGAAGAUUGGUAAUACGAAUGAUAUUGAUGCCAAGACGGAUCUAAUCAUUUAA